UCAGCACGAGCUGCGUUUCUCUAGUUCCAACGAUUACGAUGUUCAGAGGAUAAAUUUACUAGACGUUGAAAGUCAAAUAUUUAGCUAGAUUGUUUCUUUAUAUAUUUAUCAAAGGUACGGAACUAUUUUACACAAAAUGAAAACCUUUCAGGCGUGCUAGCUGUGCCCUUAUUAUUCAACUUCGUCUUUUCAGAAGCUCAGUCAGAAUGCGACCAACGUGACAAACAGCGAGAUUUGAUGUUUGCAGACGACGUUGAUGGUCAAAGUUCAGGGAGGCUUAAACUGACAGGUUGUUGUGGUGAUCAUCUUUUAAUUGAUACAUCAAAGAUGGAGUUACCAUUUGACCUCAAGAUAUCAGUCCAGGAUGCUAAUUUAUGGUUUUCAAUGCUAACUAUAAUGUUCAACCCUUUAUUCUGGAAUGUGGUAGCUAGAUGGGAAUACAGACACCACACAUUAACUAAAGUGUUCAGGUCUCCUCAAAGAGGAUGUAUAUUCCUUGGUGCUACAAUUUUCUCUCUGGGAUUGUUCAGGGAUUAUAGGUUUAGUAUUGCCCUUGAUAGCCAACCUAAAUGGCCUGUGUUGUAUGAGAACUGGAUUCUGCUGUUAGGAUAUGGUUGUAUACUGUUUGGCUUGACUUUAGUUCUUACUAGUUACUGGGCAUUAGGUUUCUAUGGAACAUUUUUAGGAGAUUAUUUUGGGAUAUUGAUGGAUAGAAGAGUGACAGAAUUUCCAUUUAAUAUAUUUAACGAUCCUAUGUAUUUAGGAUCUACAUUCAGUUUUCUAGGAACAUCAUUAAUAAAAGCCAGUCAGACAGGAAUAUUUUUGACCAUUUUUGUUAUCAUUUGUUACAGAAUUGCCACAUCUUUUGAAGGGCCAUUUACAGCCUAUAUUUACAGCCAGAAGAGAAAGACAUGAAAAUAACAGCAUUUGGUGGUGUCUUUGACUUUGAAAUAUGCUCAUUCACAUUGUCUCAUGUUUUAAUAUGAUUGUUAAUCAUUUUUUAUUUACAAAUAUACACCAAUCAGGUGUACUGUUAAUUUUUAUGAAUACAGCAUGAACAAAA